AUGGAAUACCUACAAGAUAACGUCCUCCCCACUCUACAAACCUACUCAAUCCUCCUCUUCCGCAAGACCCUUUCAACCCUCACCAACCCCAAAGACGCCGACAAAUUCCUUUCCAACAUUCAACAAAAGUACUUAGAACCAUACCUCCUCGUCCCGCUUGCAAACAUCCUCGACACGUCCACAUCAGCAUUCUCAUCAGCAAAUAUCCUCUCAUUCAUCACGCUAUUAUUAGUGCUAUACAUAUCCCUACGCAUCCUGGACUAUGCGCGAAGGGUAAUCAUGUUCUGGGUUAUGCUAGUCGUGCGUCUCACAUUCUGGGUCGCAGUGAUUGGGGUAGGCGUUUGGAUUUACAAUGUCGGUGUUGAGAAGGCGAUGCAGGAUGCGGGCUGGUUUUGGGGUGUGGUGCAGGGCUUUUUGGAGGAUUUUGUGGUUAAUGCCAAAGCGGAGUCGGCGGCAAGUAGAGGAGGGCAGUAUUAUGGUGGUUCUGGUGCUGGGGGAUCGAGGGGCUACGGAGGUGGUGCAGGGAGGAGUUCGGGAUAUUGGCAUGAUCGGAAUCGGCGGGUUUAA